GUCUGCUACAUAACAUUAAUAAAUGGAAAAUGUAUUCGAAGAAAUUGCAAGAUUGUAAUUGUUUCUGAAAAGUAAAUUUUAAAAGAAAUAUGUCAAUGUUUACGCGUUCAAUUCUUUCUUUCCGUUAUGUCUAAUAGGUUUUUAAAGUAGCAUUGCGAUGGCCUUUCACGAUUUCGUCUUCCUACUUCUUUAACAAUCUUUUUAUUUAUUUAAGUUUUUUCUUUCUUGAACUUGACGUUUUAUAUUCCUUUCAUUCCAUUAGCUAUAAGACGUUAUGAGGACACGCGUGUUGUGUGAAUUUAAUAUACAUGCUUCGCGCUUUACUCUCCGAAACGUAUACUCGACCACUACUUUCAUACUUCGGUCGUAAAUGCCACUCGAUAGAAGGAUUAUUCCUUAUUUUUUCAUACAUUUUUUUUGAAUUUAUAAUUUUUGCCGAUCCUUGAAUUGGUAAUGUGUUCUCUAUGCGUCAAAAACCUUUAUUGAAUUUGGACACAAGUGAUGGGUUCUCUGAAGAACGGAUCAGUCAACCUGAAAAGCGAAGACAGGAAGAAAUUUUAGAAAUAACUGAUUUAGUUUUUUCUCCAAGUGAAAAGCAAUCGGACCUGAUUGCCGACAAGCAAAACCAGUUAAAAAGUAAUACGAUCCGUUCAUUAGAAGACAUAGAUGAUGAACAACUUGAGGAUCUUGUAACAAACGGAGGGAUCCUGUACAUGAACAGUUUAGGUGAUGGUGUUAGCGGAUCUGUUCGAAAAUGCAAAGUUCGUGGAACAGAUCUUACUUUUGCAUUAAAGACAGUUUUCAGUGCACCGAAUACAAGUGUACAACGCCAGCUCCUCCGCGAGUUGAAGAUUAAUAGAAGCUGUGCUUCUCCUCAUAUUGUAAAAUACUAUGGUGCUUGCUAUGAUAUUGCAGAGUGUCAGUUGAAUAUUGCUAUGGAGCAUUGUGGGGCUGGUUCUUUAGACGCUGUUUAUAAACGUGUAAGCUCCAAAGGAGGCCGUACAGGUGAACGGCCUUUGGGUAAGAUUGCUCAUGGUGUGCUUAGUGGCUUAAGCUAUUUACAUGAUCGAAAAAUUAUUCACCGAGAUAUUAAACCUUCCAACAUUCUCAUAACUACAAAGGGCCAGGUAAAGCUAUGUGAUUUUGGCGUAUCCGGUGAACUUGUAAAUUCGUUAGCCGGAACCUUCACAGGUACAUCUUAUUAUAUGGCGCCUGAACGCAUAUCUGGUUCUGCAUAUACUAUUUCUUCUGAUAUCUGGUCCCUCGGGUUAACGCUCAUGGAGGUUGCACUGAAUCGAUUCCCAUUUCCGCCAGAAGAAAGUCCACCUUUAAUGCCGAUUGAACUCUUGUCAUACAUUAUUAAUAUGCCACCGCCUGCUUUACCUGAAGAAUCAGGAAUCACAUGGUCAAAGGCUUUUCGCCAUUUCCUUUGUGUUUGUCUUAUAAAGGAUAAGGAUGAACGCCCUGGGCCUCAAAAGAUGCUUCGUCAUCCAUGGGUGAAAGCUUUUGAACGUAUAGAUGUGAAUAUGGAGGAAUUUUUGCGUCAAGUGUGGUUGGAUUAAUGACUUGAAUAACCCCUUUCUAUAAUUCAUAGUCCUUCCGAAAAUACAUUUUGUCAGGUCAUUUUUUGCGAAAAGGUUACUAAAAAUUUACCUUUCGAAGUGCUCUUUUUCCUUGGUUGGAACCCAUUCCUUUCGUUUUCUAUUGCAUAGUUUAUGAAUAACUACUCAAGGUUUCAUCAAUGCUCUUUUUUCAGACUGCUUAUUUUUAUUUUACGCUGAUUACCCCAUAAUUUUUUAUUUCGACGAUUUCCUUCAACCUCAUAGAGCCAUGAAUUUAAUAGUAAUAAAAUCCACCGUUCUUAAAAUGUUCAUAUAUUGAAAUUAUCUACUAGAACAUACUAGAUAAACAAAACAGAUAAUAACGCGAAUGCCUAUAUAAAAUAAAAUUUUAUAAUACAG